UACAAAUAGUCAAAGACAAGCAGCGUACAGGCAUUGUUACAUUUGACUCGGGACUGACUGACGGACAAGAUGUUUCCACGUAUUAUUUUUACCAUCAUUUUCCUGGGGUUGAGCUCUGGUGCCAUCAUCCAGCCACGCGUAUCUUCAAACUCCUCGGCGGCGAUUCAGCGUUUCCCGUUCACCGCCGCCAUCUUGUACGGUCCGACCGGGUAUUUCCGGCAGGUGUGCGGCGGGUCAGUGCUCACCACCACUGCCGUACUAUCGGCUGCCAGCUGUUUGGAUAACCAGGGAAGGCCAAACCCAGUAUCACAAUACCGUGUCCGCGUGGGCUCGGCCCAGGCCAACGCAGGCGGUUCCGUCGUCUCCGUACGCCUGGUCACCCUCCACCCGACCUACAACUACCGAACUCUGCAGGCGGACAUUGCUGUGCUGCGGGUAGCCACGCUGACGUACUCAGCAGCUGUGCAGCCAGUCGCUGUAGCUGGGGCCAACUAUAACGUGACAGAUAACGAUUCUGUGUUGGUGAUAGGAUGGGGACAGAAUCAGAGUGUGUCCGCAGAACUCCGAAACACUCUCCGCUACGUGCAGCAGAAUGUCGUCAACCACUCGUACUGCAAAGCCCUACUAGGCUACGAAGGGCUAAACGUGACUGAAGGCAUGUUGUGCACGGGACGUGCGAACGGGGAGUUCUGCGGCUCGGACUACGGCGGGCCGGUCGUGCAUGCUGCGAACAACGUGCUGGUGGGCGUGGCUGCGUACAGCUACCGCUGCGGGGAGAGGCGCUACCCCAGCGUGAGCACCAGGGUCUCGGCCUAUACUCACUGGAUUGUUAAUGCGGCCAAGUGAUUUGAUAGAAUUUUAGAUCAAUGAUUUUACACGGAUUUGAAAAUAAAAUGUGGCUUUAUUGGG